AUGUGUAUCUCAUCAUACAUGCUAAUUCUCUGUCUUUCUCUUUUUUCUCAAGGUUUUCAACUCUCAGCUUCAAAAUCGCUGCAAAAAGCAGAUGAAGGUAUGUUGCUAACCACAUUAAAUCUAGAAAAAGCUCUUCGAAAUGGAGAUAGAACUGUGAGCAGAGGCACUAUACCGUUGCUGAAGCAUUAUAAGACUGAAGACAGAGGCAUUUUAGAUGAAGAGGAUGACAAAAAGAUGAAGUUUUUGGACACAGGUUCCAGGCAUGAUUUCUUAAAUCGUGUUUUGUCAAUCAACUUGGGUAGAAAACAACUACCUUAUCUUGCACUGAAGAGAACCAUGGCUUUUCCAGCUGACACUGAAAUUCAAAAUAUCGAAUCGAUACAGGAAAGAGAGACUGCAGAUGAAGAAAAUUCAGCUAAAUUCCCUAUAGGAAGAAGAGAUUUUGACAUGCUCAGGUGUAUGCUGGGAAGAGUCUAUCGACCUUGUUGGCAAGUCUGAAAACUACUGAUCUACAGCACCUCCUUUGAAGAUCAAACGUUUUAUUAUGAAUUUAAUGUAAUUUGAAGUUACUGUGUUUCAGUGUGGCUAUAUGUAUGCAUCCAAAAAUAUAUUACCAUCACAUUGUAGUGGGAAACAAUUCAUUACCAAAAAAGAACAUAGUUGUAAUUACUAAUGAUGUAUUGUUAUCAAAAAAUAAAAAAAUUCUGUAUAAUCUA